GCGCUAUUUCUACGUAAACAAAACAGCAUAAACGUCAAUUUUUUUUCAUUCGCUAUCGUCAGCUGUGUUGAUAAAAAUUCAAAAUUCCUGCGUAGUUCCAGCAAAUUCAAACAUUUAGAAAAUUUAGACCACAAAGUAGUUGAUAAACUACAGGAUGAGCGAAUUAGAGAACAUCAACCCCAAUGUUUACAAAAGGAGUGAAGAGCGCAAAUACACGGAGAACGAUGAAAACGACGACGUAGCUGAUCCGUUUGACGAGCGGGAGAUCUUUGAUCUUAUCCGCAACAUAAACGACCCCGAACAUCCCCUAACGCUGGAAGAGCUGCACGUUCUCGAGCAGAGCCUAAUAACGGUGGACAACGAGAAGAACUUCGUCAAGGUCCUGUUCACUCCGACGAUUCCACACUGCAGCAUGGCCACCCUGAUUGGCCUGUCGAUUCGCGUGAAGCUUUUGCGGGCCCUGCCACCGCGAUUUAAGGUUUCGGUCGAAAUCAAUCCGGGUACGCACGCGUCCGAGAACGCCGUCAACAAGCAGCUGGCGGAUAAGGAACGGGUCGCUGCGGCUCUGGAAAAUACCCACCUCAUCGAGGUCAUCAACCAGUGCAUUGCGGUGCCGAUUCAGUAGGGGGAGGGAGAGUGAAGUGUUGGUUAAACAAUAAACUACAGCUUUAUUUUUAAUUGUUUAAAGUAAAA